AUGACAGUUCCGGGAACAACGUUUCUGGGUACAGCAAUGAUUAGAUCAAAAAAUUCAGUCUCCAUUUCUCAUCAAAUGCUUCCUCCUUACUCAGCCGACGAGUCCCUAGAAGCCGAUGAAACCCUGCGCAAACCUCCCAAAGCCAAUAGCAACGACUUUCUCAAGAAUGCACUGAGCAAUUUCCAGUACCAGAUUUCUACUCACCCACGUUUCUGGCUUUUCACCUUUUUCCUCUUCUUCCAACUCGUAGUUCUCAUUUUCACCCGCAAUUCCCCCUUCCCCUUUUCAACCCACUCCCCACCCCAAUCCCUCCCCCACUUCCCUUCAGAAACCGCAUUAUUUGCCGACAUACAGAAACCCCAUCAUGAUCCAAAUGCUAUUUAUCCCUUCGGAGACUCCGAAUGCGAGUACGGUCGUGUUUAUGUCUAUAAUCUACCUUCCAAAUUUAACAAAGACUUAGCUUUAACUACCUGCGACGAUCUAGACCCAUGGAAGUGGCAGUGUGGACUUGUCACCAAUGACGGAUACGGAAAGAGAUCAACGGACCUCGCCGGAAUCUUGCCGGGUAAUCUCUCUGCAGCGUGGUACCGGACAAAUCAGUUCUCCUCGGAGGUAAUAUUUCAUUACCGGCUUUUAAACUACAGAUGUAGAACAAACGACCCGGAUUCUGCUACUGCUUUCUACAUUCCGUUCUACGCCGGACAAGCAGUGGGGAAAUACCUAUGGACCGAUGAAAUCGAAAAUCGUGAUUUGCUUAGCAAUAAAGUACUGAAAUGGGUCCAGAGGCAAAAAUACUGGAAAAGAUAUAACGGGUCGGACCAUUUCCUGACUCUGGGUCGGAUAACGUGGGAUUUCCGGCGAUUAGGUGACCCGGAGAAACUGUGGGGGUCGACUUUUCUCAAUCGGCCACAGAUGCAGAACGUUUCGCGUUUCACCAUCGAGAGGGCUCCAUGGGAUGCAAAUGAUAUCAGUGUACCGUACCCUACUGGAUUCCACCCUCACUCCGAGAAAGAACUCAGGGAAUGGCAGAACUUUGUGCUUUCAUAUAACCGCACGAGUCUUUUCACGUUCAUUGGCGCAGCGCGUGGGGAUAUCAACAGCGAUUUCAGAUCGAGGUUAAUGAGUUACUGUAGAAACGAGUCGGACUCGUGCCGAGUCGUUGACUGUGCCGUGACUCAGUGCUCUAACGGUUCGUCAGAAAUCCAAGAAGCACUUUUGAGCUCCGAUUUUUGCUUACAGCCGAAAGGGGACAGCUUGACUCGGCGGUCGGUUUUCGAUUGCAUGGUGACCGGUUCAGUGCCGGUUUUUUUCUGGCGACGAACGGCUUACACACAGUACCAGUGGUUUUUACCAGAGGAACCGGGGAGUUAUUCGGUUUUUAUAGAUCCUGAAGCAGUGAGAAAUGGGACGGCUUCCAUUAAGGAAAUAUUGAAAAGUUACAGUAAAGAUCAAGUAAGGAAAAUGAGGGAGAAAGUAGUAGAAACAAUUCCAAGAAUAGUGUACGCAAGGCCAAGUGGAGGUCUUGGGACUAUCAAGGAUGCAUUUGAAAUUGCAGUUGAAGGAGUAUUGAAGAGGGUUAAGGAUGAAAAUGAAUGGAAGGAAUACGUGGAUAUGGGCAGUUGA